UGAUAUCUAUAUUCAAGAUAUUACAAUUAAAUUUGACAUUUGACUUACUGCCGUUUAACUUGGUAGAUGCCGGAAAGGCAUGUUUAGCGUCCUUGUCUAACUCCCUGAUCGCAGUAAUGCAGCGGGUGAAUACGCUGACCACAGCAGUGACUGACUCAAUAGCCAUUCAGGAAGAAACUGGAAACGUGGUCAUUGAUAUACCGAAUAAUAGCUCGCUUACGGAAGACAAGUAUAAGCAGGUAUUCGAUCUGCUUGCGUUCAACCGACAGUACGAGAAGUUCAUCCGCUGGCUGCUGUCGGAUGUGGAGAGCAUGGUCCACUGUGGCAAGCAAUACGUGGACAGGUUCCGAGCCGCGCUGCAGGAAGUGCACACCGCUGUCAAGUACAAGGCAGCCGUGCCUGUUGCCACCGUGUUUCCGUUGUUUGCGAAGCUCUGGCAGGACUGGCGGUGUAUGCAGAACAUUAUGUACUUGGUAUCGACUGUCAGCCGUCUCAUGACGACCUUGGCUGGCAUUCAGGAGCAGAUGAAGAUACCCUAUCCCAUGGUCGAUAUGAUGCUACAAGGUAGGAGCGUGGUGACAGAAGAUCAGAAUGCGGGGUUGGUGAACGCAGAGGAUCGUAUGUCGAUCAGUUCACUUCAGAACUACGUCGCUAUCGACAACCUCGCGCCUGGUGAGAGAAACCCAGAGUUUCUGGGUUUCUGCGCUGUGUGCCUCAGUGUAGGAGCUCUAGUACCCAGUAACAUGAAGAUCGGGCUGAUCAAGCACAAGGACAAACUAUAUGCCCUGUGCACAGUCAGAAUGGCUCUGCGCUUCAGUAAGGACCCAGAAAGGUAUAUCCUGGAGGUGGUGCAAUACUCGCGAGAGAACCCUCAUCUCAUCAACUUACUGGACAUCCGGAGCGAGUUGCAGCGAGUGAGGCACAUCCACACACUGGUCGUCAGGGCGCAGCCUAAGACAAAAGUAUGUGAUCGCGACGUGCAGACAGAGGCGCAUCCGAUAGAAAGCUACAUAGAGAAAGACUACACAUGGGAUUUGUGGGAGUGGAAACGAAGAGCGUGUCAGUGGGCCAGCAUCGUGAACUGCAAGACACACUCCACUCAAACGCACUACAGCCACCUCCGCUCUGAGAUCCACUGCCAGACCGUGCACCCUCGAGAUAAGUGUCUGCAGACCAUGAGAGAUGCUGCUGUCAGCACCACCAACAAUGGCACGUUCUUAUGGGGCUUGCGUGGGCAACUGGGAGACGGUCAGCACAACAUGGAGUUGCUGGUUAAGCAUUCCCCUGAGAGGCAGAAGGUUCGCGUCGCAGAGGUGUGUACUUGGCCUUGCAUCGAGAAAGUGGAGCCUAAAUCAGAUUUGGAUUUGGAACCGACACAUGACAAUUAAUAAUAUUUAUUAUCAUAAUCGUACGAUGAAUACUUUAACAAUCUUCAGCAUACCAAUUGUAUCUAUAUACAAUAAAUUACUUAUAGUUGGUACAAGAGCACCUAAAUGUUUAACCUAUAUAUGCUCACUAAAUUUAUUCAAAAAUAAGGGCGUAAUUUUAAAUAAAUACAUUUAUUUUCUCUACAGAUAUAUUAUCUUUUAAUGUACUGCUGACAAGUCUGUAGUAUAUCAGCUUUGAAUAUAUUACUGUUAUAUUUAGAAUAGCAUUAGCAUCGCGAUUAAAACGAAUUUCUUGAUUCAAUAAAGAAAGAUACU